GGGUUGAGAAGCUUAAUUCGAUUUUACCAACGUGCGUCAUACCUUAGCCCACUCUUCAAUUUAUCAAUCCGAAUUUUUCAUACGGCCUAAAGUUUUCCAUUUCUCAUACCAAUUUAUUUGGCUAGCAGUAAUCUUUUCCCUUCCUUCUUUUUUUUUUCUCGACAAAUUCAACUCCCCAACUAUCUAAUUCUUCCGGUCGCCAUGUCUGCCAACCCGUUCCUGUUAGCUGCCGACAACAGCCCAGAUCUACUGCCCCUCCUUCGAGAGAACCCUAGUCGAGCUUCCGAACAAGACUCCCACGGAUACUCCCUAGUUCACGCGGCUGCGAGCUACAAUCAUCUCGAUCUCCUCCGCACCUUAAUUCGCGAGUUCAAUGUCGAUGUUAACCUGCGCGACGAAGACGAAGAGACGGCCCUCUUCGUGGUUGAAACAGUCGAAGCUGCUCGCGUCCUAGUUGAGGAGUUGGGAGCUGAUGUUUCGAUCAAAGGUUCUGAUGGAUAUACUGCUUUCCAGAAGAUAGAUGAAGAGGGUGAAUUUCCAGAGGUUGCUGAGUAUCUAAAGACCAAGGAGGAAGCUGGCCAUACCCAAACUCUACCGAAUGGAGCCAAUGGAACGAAUGGAACGAAUGCGGACACAAACGCUGCGCCACCCGUACCCCAAGGUCUGAACAUAUCUCUUAGCACAGUCGCACCUACCGAUGAGACUGAGCUCGAAGUUGAUCCCGAAUUUCGAAGGAGGAUAGAAGAAUUAGCUGGGCGAGACGACUUCAACUCCGACGCUGGCCAAGCUGCACUUAGACAGCUAGUUGAAGAUGCCAUAGCAGAGCGCAAUCUCGCAGAUCGCAAUGUUCGUUCGAGACAGGAUUAGUUAGGUUGGUUGGUUUACCA